GUACCGAAUUCAGCUUUUCAUAAGUGGAAAACAUAUUUCUAACAAAAAUCUCUUGAUUUAAAUAGAUAAUCCAAAUAAAAUAAGUGAAAAUGUCUGAUCAAUUGCAAAAAGAAGAGGAAAAACUUUCACGUAUUGAAACUGAAAUAAAUGAUAUUGAUGGUCAUAUUACAAACAUCAAAACAGGAAACUUAUCAGAAGAAAGUGACGAGCUGGCAAAACUUUUAACAGAAAACACUAAAUUAAAGUUUCGUCUGGAAAUCCUCAAAAAGGCAAUCGCCAACGAACGUAAAAAUUGCAAAGCUGACACUAUUCCUUCUGAAAUGAUUUCCAUUCGGAAUUAUUUGAAUGAGCUAUUUGGAUCAGCUAUCAAAGCAGCAUAUCCUGAAUUAUCUGAUCCUCCAAUUGUCAUAACUGAAUCGACAAAAGUUUCUUUCGGUGAUUAUCAAUGUAACAGCGCAAUGCCAGUAAGUCAGCUGUUAAAAGCAAAAAACAUUAAAGCUUCUCCACGUGAUGUUGCUGUUAAGAUCCUUGAGAAUCUUCCAAAUUCUUUUCUUAUUAAUAAAACGGAAAUUGCCGGCCCAGGUUUCAUCAACAUCUUCAUCACCAACGAGUAUGUCGUGUCAGCAAUAUCAACAAUUCUUAAGAAUGGUGUUUUUCCUCCAACAACGAAGAAAAUGCGUGUUGUCAUUGAUUUCUCCAGUCCAAAUGUUGCAAAACAAAUGCACGUUGGUCAUUUAAGGUCGACAAUCAUCGGAGAAUCAAUUUCUCGUCUUCUAGAGUUUGUUGGUCAUGAUGUUCUUCGUCUCAAUCAUAUCGGCGAUUGGGGAACACAAUUUGGAAUGCUCAUUGCUCAUCUUGAAGAAAUGUUCCCAAACUAUGUGAAAGAAUCGCCGCCAAUUGCGGAUUUGCAAGCAUUUUACAAGGAAUCAAAAAUAAGGUUCGAUAAUGACGAAGAGUUUAAGAAACGAGCAUAUGAUCGUGUUGUGAAGCUUCAAUCAGGCGAAAGUAACAGUAGGAAAGCAUGGCAAUUGAUUUGUGAUGUUUCUCGAUUGGAAUAUCAAAAAGUUUAUAAAGCUUUGGAUGUUACGUUAGAAGAACGAGGCGAAUCAUUUUAUCAAUCGCGAAUGGAGAAUUUGGUGAAAGAAUUGAACGAACGAGGCUUCUUGGAAGAAGAUGAAGGGCGGAAAAUUAUGUGGGGAAUUAAAGGAGAAGACUAUGGUGGAAUUCCAUUAACAAUAAUCAAGUCUGAUGGUGGAUUCACCUACGACACAUCAGACAUGGCAACAAUACGAAAUCGAAUUGAAGAAGAGAAAGGCGAAUGGCUUGUUUAUGUCACUGACGCAGGGCAAUCAACACAUUUCAAAUCGUUAUUCUCAUGUGCACGAAAAGUUGGCAUACUUGAUUCGAGUAAAGUUCGUGUUGAUCAUGUUCCUUUUGGAGUUGUUUUGGGUGAAGAUGGGAAGAAGUUUAAGACACGUUCAGGUGAGACUGUGAAGCUAUUGGAUCUCUUGGACGAAGGAUUGAAGCGAUCACUUGAGAAGUUAAAGGAGAAAGAACGUGAUAAAUUUAUGACAGCGGAAGAGUUGAGGAAAGCUCAAGAAAAUAUUGCCUAUGGUUGCAUUAAGUAUGCGGACUUGUCAAAGAAUCGACAGAACGAAUAUGUGUUCAGCUUUGAUAAGAUGCUUGACGAUAAGGGCAACACUGCUGUCUACUUACUUUACGCCUACACACGAAUCAAAUCAAUUGCUCGCAAUUGUGGAGAGGAAUUUAUUAAGAAUUUUGACACGAUCAAGAAAGAAACGAAGCUUGAGUUGACUCAUGAAAAGGAAUUGAAGUUAGCGAAAGUUCUCAUCCAAUUUCCUGAUAUUAUCGAGAAAAUCCUGAAAGAUUUGCAUGUCCAUUACAUGUGCGAAUUUUUAUAUCAAAUUUCAACAACGUUUACGGAAUUUUAUGAUGUCUGCUAUUGCAUUGAAAAGAAUCGGCAAGGAGAGAUUGUCAAAAUUAAUAAAAGUCGAAUUCUUCUUUGUGAGGCAACGGCCACUGUCAUGGCCAAAUGUUUUGACAUUCUCGGUCUGAAAACACUUGAUAAAAUUUAAUUUAAUUAAUCAUUUCAUUUCUUAUCUUUUUGUACUAAAUAAAAUCUGCCACUGCUGAGAAGACUCAAAUAAAUUUUUUUUUGUGUCAAUGAACUUAA